CGCGCAUCUCUCUUCCGGCCGCAAGGAGACGCUCUAACCUCAUGAAGUAAAUCUCGGUGGUGUUUUCCCGCUGGUCUAGGAACGCGGCCGGAAGUGUUGCAUUUUGUCUGCGCCUCAUUCCUGUGGAAGACAACAACAAGAACUUCAACAUGAGCAGCUUCAGGGAUAGACCCUGGGCCACAAAUUCUGAGAUAGAGGACAGGUUAAAUAUGAGUGGGAUUUCAUCGUCUCAGUCAGUGCAAAGAUCAUACAGGGAUGAAAGACCAUUUCAGAUGGGACGUUACAGUGACUAUGACCAGUUCAAUAAAAGUGGGAUUUCAUCAUCUCAGUCAGUGCAAAGAUCCUAUGAGGAUGAAAGACCAUUUCAGAUGGAUAGACAAUACAGUGCCUACGACAAGGGAAAUAUGAGUGGGUUUUCAUCAUCACAGUCAGCGCAAAGAACAUACGAGGAUGAAAGAGCAUUUCAGAUGGGACAUGGCCGGCUAAAUAAAAGUGGGGUUUCAUCAUCCCAGUCGGCGCUAAGAACAUACGAGGGCGAAAGACCAUUUCAGGGACAAGACAAGGGAAAUACGAGUGGGUUUUCAUCAUCUCAGUCAGCGCAAAGAACAUACGAGGAUGAAAGAGCAUUUCAGAUGGGACAUGACCGAGUAAAUACAAGUGGAUUUUCGUCACCCCAGUCAGCUCUAAAAAUAUACCAGGAUGAAAGACCAUUUCAGAAGGAACUUGACAGGGGAAAUAUGAGUGGGUUCUCGUCAUCUCAGUCAGUGCAAAGAACAUAUGAGGAUGAAAGAGCAUUUCAGGUGGGACAUGACCAGGUAAAUACAAGUGGCCUUUCAUCAUCCCAAUCAGCACAAAGAACAUCUGCAGAUGAAAGUGCAUUUCAGGGACAUGACCAGGCAAAUACAAGUGGAUUUUCAUCAGUUCAGUCGGCACAAAGAACAAACGAGGAUGAAAGAGCAUUUCAGAUGGGACAUGACAAGGUAAAUGCAAGUGGGAUUUCCUCAUCUCAGUCAGCACAAAGCGCAUACGAGGAUGAAAAACCAUUUCAAAGAGGACAUAAUGUGAGGCCAUUUUACAAUCAAGACAGGAUGAAACCACAGCAGAAAAAGACUAUGCAGUUUUUGAAAGAUUACAUGAAAAGAGCAGAUCGAGAGCCGUUGAUUGGCUUGGAGCACAUCAUGGAAUACAGGAUUCAUACUAAAGCAAGAAAAAUGGAAACCAGAUAUGUGUGCGAGCUGUGCACGGCUGAUACAGACUUAAUGCAGAUGAUUGAUCACCUGUGCGGCAUUAAACACAGGAAAUUAUAUAUGGCAAAAGUAUAUCCAUUUGUCCUUAAGUCUCCAUCCAACAAAAAUGAAGAUCGCGUUGACUUCAUAAGACGCAUGGCCCUCGAGAUAGAGCAGGAGGAAGGGACAAAGAUGUAUAAGAUUGAUCCUGCUACCAAAAUUGAAUCCUUGCUGGAUUUGCAGAUUCCACCCCCAACACCCCCAAAAAAAGCAAAGAAAAAAUCCAGGUGGGAGAGUGUGGAAAAUAGGAAGCAGAAAGCUCUGGAUUAUCUGGAAACAUUUAAUCUUGAGUCGGACGCAGAGGCAGGCACUGUAACAUCUCUUACAAUGAAGUUGACCGGAGCAUUGAAGGAAUACACUCAGAAGACCACCCAAGCAGAUCUUUUCCAGUCAAGAUUGGCCAAAGCAAAAGAAGUUGCAGUGUCUAUUAUAAAGAAUGCCACUGCCCCCGUGAAUAAGAAUCCCCCCGUGAAUAGGAAUCUCCCCGUGAAUAAGAAUGCACCCAUGAAUAUGAUUCCCCCCAUGAAUAAGAAUGCACCCAUGAAUAUGAUUCCCCCCAUGAAUAAGAAUGCACCCAUGAAUAUGAUUCCCCCCAUGAAUAAGAAUGCACCCAUGAAUAUGAUUCCCCCCAUGAACAAGAAUCCCCCAGUGAAUAUGAAUGCCCCCAUGAACAAGAAUCCCCCAGUGAAUAUGAAUGCCCCCAUGGAUAUCAAUGCCAAGCUUCAAAAACUUUCCCAAGAAAGUGUCAAAUUGAAUCAGAAGCCUUUCCUGAAAAAUCUCCCAACUCCACCCGUUCAUAACAAGACCACAGAUUCAAAUUCAAAUUUCACGCCUCUAGGCUCCGUGCCUCUAAAGCCAGUUGGAGGCUCCACUACGAUGGGAAAAAGCCUCCAAGUCGACCAGAGUUCAACGCUGAAACCAGAUGCUUCACUCCAAACAGAUGCUUCAGUGCAACCAAAUGCUUCGCUUCCCAAUAAUUCAGACUUGGAAGACGUCCAGUUUUUCAAAAAAUUGAUGGCUCUGUUGGCCGCUCUGCCCCAGAACCCACAAGGUGCAGGGAAUAUGCAAAUGAAUCCAAAGUUGAUGAUGUUAAAAUCGAUAUUGUUUGAUAAAGGCCCAAGUACUGCAGAUACGCAACUGAGCCAACCGCUGUCGACACAGAUGCCAUUGUCAUCACAGGAAACGAACAGCACAGAGUCCAUUCAAAAAUUGCUAAUGCUAAUGGCAUCUCAGUCUCAAAAUGGGCCAAAUAUAUCCAGCACUCCUCUUUAUCAGCAACUGACCAUGCUCAUGGCCUCUCAGAACUCUGUUGAUAGUUCAUUGCUCAACCAAAAUCUGAUGAUGCAAAUGGCUUCUCUGGCAAACACCGCCGUGAGCUUAGAAACCGUCCAACUGAAUCAGAGCUCCGUCAUGCAAAUGGCCUCAGAAAUGCAAAACACUCCCAAUCUAAUCCACGAUCAUGUCGUGAACAUGGAACAGAACCCAGGCAAUCUUUACCCGGACGUCCAAGAUGCAAAUGCACUUGUUCAGCCCAUCUAUGACCCUUUUGAAAGCCAAGAAAAAACCUUCUUUAAUCCUCCAGACCAGUUUGUGGGAUAUCAGACACCCGCUGAUGUUCAGUACAACCCGAUGGAGACGGCUGCAUCUGAGAACAUGAUCUAUCCGGCAGCCGAGAGUCAGUACAUGAAUGUGCCCUAUGAAUCGGGCUUGUAUACUUCUGAGGUUACCUUUCAACUGCCAUAUGAGCAGUCUGCUUUCAAUCCUUCUAUGAUGGCUCAUUCUGGGGAUCCUACUCAUCAUUUUGAAGGCUACAUAGAGGAAGAAGCUAAUGCACCAUAUAGCAGAAUGCCUCUGUCACCUAGCGUUGUUGAUCACCCCUACCCAACCGAGAAUGAUUUCAGAAGGAUCCCUGAUGAUAUAAGGUUUGGGCCGGACAAGAUCCAUUCUGAUGCAUUUGAUGAAAGAGCACAAGAACCUGACUUACGGGCUACAAGACCCAAUAGAGAUUUCCCUGCCUCGAGUAGGCCAAGAGCCGACAGCCGUGCUGAGCUCCGGAACAGCAUCACCAGUACCCGAGGAAAAACGGCUCCCAAAAAUAAGCUUCCUCGCAGCAGGCAGGCCACUUAUAGGUCAGCGAGAGACUCUCGUGAUGCAGAUAAAGGGUCAAGUGAGCUUCCAGAUAUACAAACGUCCGGCUUAUCUGCAGACAUCUUAAAGAGAAUCCGAGGGAAGGAUCUAUUUACUGUGUCGGCGAUUCUUAGCGAAUACGCAGAAAGCCGCGAUGCUAAAUAAAGUAAGCCGACCCCUUUUACUUAAAGGGGAACUAUUGCGAAAAUGAAAAUUGAAUAUACGCUUCAGCACAGUGAUAUAAGAAACGUUCUAAAUACAAUCAAUUAAAUAUUUGGAAUCAUUCCUGAAAUAUUCAAGUUUAUAUUCACUAUUCCUCUCUCAGCAUCUGUUUCUCUUCAUUCUCUCUUCAUUCAGCAGUUGAGUGUCCGA